AUGAUGGACGAGCAGGUUGAAUCAGAGCUCCUGUGGCUCAGUGGUCAAAAGCUGUGGCUGUCGGUGGCAGUGAUGCUGAGGCCAGACCGGGUGGUGGAGCGGACGGUGUCGGAGAGGAGCGGCCAGCCACCAGACCCCCUCCUCUCCUCCCACCCUGCUCUAAGACCCCCUCUGUUUCUGCCUCCCACCUUCGGGGGGCCAGCGCCCCCCUUCCUACCCUCCCUCCCCAACCCCCCCCAAGGGGGCCCCCCUCCCCACUUACCUGGUGGCUGGCCGCUCCUCUCCGACACUGUCCGCUCCACCACCCAGUCUGGCCUCAGCAUCACCGCCACCUGCGAAGGAACAACACAGAGAGGAUUUUCGCACAAACAGCAGGAGGUGGAAAGGACCACAAAAUGGCUGAAGAUGUUGAAGAGCUGGGACAAAUACAAGAACAGUGAUAAGCUGGUCAGGAGGAUCUAUAAAGGUAUCCCGCUGCAGCUGCGGGGAGAGGUGUGGGGUCUCCUCUUGGAUAUCCCCAAAAUAAAGGCGGAGAAGAAGGACUUCUACGAGAAGCUAAAGCAGAGGGCGAGGGGUAUGUCUCCAGACGUCCGUCAGAUUGACCUGGAUGUGAACCGCACAUACCGCGACCACAUCAUGUUCAUGCAUCGUUACGACGUUAAGCAGCAAGCCCUGUUCCACGUGCUCACAGCCUACUCCGUGUACAACAGGGAGGUUGGGUAUUGUCAGGGCAUGAGCCAGAUUACCGCCCUGCUGCUAAUCUACAUGAACGAGGAGGACGCCUUCUGGGCCCUGGUCAAGCUGCUGUUGGGUCAGAAACACGCCAUGCACGGGUUUUUCGUUCCUGGCUUCCCCAAGCUGAUGAGGUUUCAGGAGCACCACGACCGCAUCAUGAAGAAAAUGAUGCCCAAACUCAAGCAGCACCUGGACACCCAGGAGGUCUAUACCACCCUGUACACCAUGAAGUGGUUCUUCCAGUGCUUUCUUGACAGAACACCUUUUACUCUGACUCUGAGGAUCUGGGACAUCUACAUCCUGGAGGGAGAGAAGGUCCUCAUUGCCAUGUCCUACACCAUCCUCAAACUGCACAAGAAGCACCUGAUGAAGCUCUCCAUGGAGGAGCUGGUUGAGUUCCUGCAGGUCACCUUGUCCAAAGACUUCUUCUAUGAGGACGACUUUGUCAUCGAGCAGCUGCAGAGCUCAAUGUCAGAGCUGAAACGCUCCAAACUGGAGCUGCCGCCCCCAGGUAAAGAGGAGGAGUUUCCCACAAUGCCCCUGGGCCAGCUUCCGUCCGAAACGUUGGGCACCGCUAAGCACGUUGCAAACGGUCAGAGCCACAGUGGCACGCAGGAAAGGGCCAGUGCACUGCCCAGCACGUCACUGGAACAGGCCCAGGGGAGCCAGGCCAGGAGGGCUCCAUUGGAGACGCUGGCGCUCAGGGCCGAGAGGAGGGAGGGGCUUGGGCAGGACUCUGAGGAGGCGGAGACCGUGGCUGUGGAUGGCGCCAAGCCAAACAGCCACGCUGCGGCCAAUCACAACUCCAAUGCCGCCUCCAGCUCCCGGCGGGACGUGCCAUCCUACUGGCUGAAGCUGCCGGAGGUGAGGGUGGAUGUGAGCAGGUGGGGCGUGGCCUUCCCCCCCAGCCCGGAGGAGCCUCGACGGUGGCCGCUCUCCCACAGGGGCUCCAACGUGUCGCAGUACGACAACAUGCCCGUGCCGGACCGCGGGGUCGCGGAGCCGCACGCCCGAGCCCUGCACGUCACCGCCCAGGCGCUUUUCGGGACCCGGGCACUGCAGCAGGGAGGGGGGAGCGGGAGAGUCCGGAGCCAGACCGUCAGCACUGACCGCACAGCGAUGGGGCUCCCCAACACCCCGCUGCAGCUGCACCGCCCUGGGAGCCCCCCUUACAGCACCUCACUGGAGCCCAGGCCAGAGGAACAGGGCUGCAGCACCACGGCCCGCCUUCCCACAGUCCCCGUCUCCCCAAAGGCCCUCAUGAGCAGCCCCUACAGCAGCUACCGGAGACUUCCCACCAGGCUGAUUAGCACUUCAGUGUACCCACCUGAGGCGCUGUCUUGUUAUGAUGGGCGUGGCGCUGGCGAGGGUGGGCGUGAGGCUGACGCCUCUAUGACUCCGGGUGGUGUACUGAAGUCACAGAGCUUCCAGAGGGCUCAGAUAACACCUGCGCAGUACACCCGUUACCCUCCCCAAUUGCAUGGCCUGCAACAUUGCAGGGCACAGCAUGAGGAGCAGCUCCCUCCAGUGUUAGGAGGACCACACUACAGGCACCCUCUGGAAGUGUUCAGCAAGCAGGAAUCUAGGCUGCUCUGAGAGAGAGACUUCCUGCACCUUGACAAACACACACAGCUCUCCUCUUUUCUCUUGUUCAUUUUUUUCGCUUGUCUUACAUAUGUCACACGUGAUGAUAUUGCGCCUCUAUAGGUUCCAGAGAUCCCGUUCUUCGACAAACUGGCUGAAGAUUUUGGUUUCACUUUAAUUCUUAGCAUCAGAUGAGCAGAAGAGAGUAAUGAGCUUUUACUGUAUCCUGUAUC